UUUAAUUUUCAUCCCCUGAAGCGUUCAGAAAGUGAUAUUUUAUGAUAAAAUUAUAAAUCCUCUCUCUCCAUUCUCUGUGUGUGUUUGUGUGUUGUUUGUGUGUCAGAAGAGAGGCAGCAAUAAGGCUAAUCAUAGCAAAAGCUAAAAAGAGAGCAAAACUGAGAGAUACAUAAUAGAUUGGUUUACAGAAAUGAAUGGUCUUCUUGAACCAGAUUACUCUGACUCUGAGUUUGUUGAAGUCGAUCCAACUGGGAGAUAUGGCAGGUACAAUGAAAUCCUCGGCAAAGGAGCCUCAAAGACAGUUUACAGAGCAUUUGAUGAGUACGAAGGGAUUGAAGUUGCUUGGAACCAGGUCAAGCUUUAUGAUUUCCUGCAAAGCCCUGAAGAUCUUGAGAGGCUUUACUGUGAAAUUCAUCUCUUAAAGACAUUGAAGCACAAAAACAUUAUGAAGUUCUACACUUCCUGGGUUGAUACUGCAAACAGAAACAUCAAUUUUGUGACUGAAAUGUUCACUUCUGGGACUCUCAAGCAGUACAGGCUAAAGCACAAGCGAGUUAACAUCAGAGCAGUUAAGCAUUGGUGUCGGCAGAUCUUGAGAGGGCUUCUGUAUCUACAUAGUCAUGAUCCUCCUGUGAUCCAUAGAGAUCUCAAGUGUGACAACAUCUUUAUCAAUGGAAACCAAGGGGAAGUGAAGAUAGGUGAUCUUGGUUUAGCAGCAAUCUUAAGGAAAUCACAUGCCGCUCACUGUGUUGUAGGGACACCAGAGUUCAUGGCUCCAGAGGUGUAUGAAGAGGCAUAUAAUGAGCUAGUUGACAUUUAUUCAUUUGGGAUGUGCAUUUUGGAAAUGGUCACUUUUGAAUAUCCAUAUAGUGAAUGCACUCAUCCUGCUCAGAUCUACAAGAAAGUUGUUUCUGGUAAAAAACCAGAUGCUCUGUACAAAGUAAAAGAUCCUGAAGUACGACAAUUCGUUGAGAAAUGCUUGGCAACUGCAUCUUUGAGGCUGUCUGCAAGGGAGCUUUUGAACGACCAAUUUCUCCAAAUCGAUGAAUGUGAAUUGAACGACCAAUUUCUGCAAAUCGAUGAAUGUGAAUACGAUUUGAGACCAGUAGAUUAUGGCAGGCAGAUAGAUGACAUGGGUCCUCUUUUAAGGCAGCCUCUUUUUGAGCUUCAUCGAAGCAACAGUUCCUUUAGUAAUGGAUACUCAAAUGGUUUUGGUUAUGAUUCCCAAAAUGAAUGGGGGUAUCAUCCUGUUGAUGCGGAGUCAAGUGGAAUUGAACUCUUUGAGCACCAUGACGACGAACAUUCUGAAGAUGUUGACAUAAGUAUUAAAGGGAAGAGAAGAGAAGAUGGUGGCAUCUUUUUGAGACUUAGAAUUGCAGAUAAAGAAGGUCGUAUCCGGAACAUCUAUUUCCCAUUUGAUAUUGAGACCGAUACAGCAUUUAGCGUGGCAACCGAAAUGGUUGCAGAGUUGGAUAUCACAGAUCAGGAUGUAACCAGAAUAGCAGAUAUGAUUGAUGGGGAAAUUGCUUUGUUGGUACCCGAUUGGCAGCCAGGGCCAGGAAUAGUGGAAACACCCCGAUAUGCUAACCAAGGCUUCUGUCACAAUUGUGCUUCCAAUCACACCUCUAGUGGUUCCAUGAUGGAAUUUCUGUCAAACAACCCUAGUGCCAAGAACUUGCAAGUUCUUCAAUGUUGUAAACAAGGAUGUGCUUCGAUGCAUGGCCGUUUUGAGGAGAUUACAUACCAAGCCGAUGAGUCUGAGCAUCAUGUGACAGAGGGUGCACCAAAUGAAUCAAGCCAAUCGGACUGCCUUCAUUACCAAGAAAUUUGGGGACAGCACGAAAGUCGCGAACUUAGUUCAAUAGGCUCUGGACAGAGUCAUUCUGAUGGAGAAUAUGAAAAAUUGGAUCAGUUAGUCACGGUUGAGGAUGAGCAAGAUCUUGAAUUGGAAAGCAAUCCUGCAUCCCAUGCAGGAAAUUCUACAAAAAAUUUAUCCGGUUCACAUUCUUUUUCUAUGAUCCCUUCAACUUACCAUGAACUCUCAGACACUCAUGAGAAUGAAAUUCAGGAGUUUAGAUGGCUCAAAGCAAAGCACCAAAUGGAGCUGAGGGAACUUAGAGAUCAGCAGAUAAGACUUGUCUCAAAAUCUUCAGAUAAUGGAAGUAAAGAACACGAAUUAGCUAAUGGGGUCUUGUCAUCUUUGGUAUCAAGCACAUUACAAGGACUCAACAAUGUGAUGCUCUCAAAAUCUUGUGCUUAUGAUCAAAGAAAUUUAAGUCCCAAUUUCCAUGCUAAUCUCAAUAAGAGCUGCGAGGCGAUGGAGUCUCCUAAUGCUGAGGAUGAGGUCACUGCCAAGAGUUUCUGCACAGGAUCAUUGCUUCCUCAGUCUCUUCGCAGGACAGUUUCUCUCCCAGUUGAUGCAGUUGAUGUAUAAACUUCCCAGGCACAAAAUGUAUUCUGUUAGACAAGUUCAAUACACUUGCAUAAGCUCUAUCUUUGUAUGGUUACCAAGGUCAUCCCUUUUUCUCCAAUGGGAUGUGGCUCUCCGGGAAACUGGGAUGAUGUGUAAUGUAUUUAGUAAUCAUGCGUAAUUAUAUAUACGAGGGGAAAAUGCAAGUUUUGAGGCCUAUAAA